AUGACGACGAUGACUUCGUCGAUCAUUUCCGGCGAUUCAUUAGACGAAAAACAAGACGAAGCCUUGGUGAUCGCCGGCCCAAAGUACCGAAAUGUCAGAAAUCCCACGGGAUGUGUGAUUUCUUUUGUGUAUUCGAAGGCGUCGUUGGUUUACUUAUGCCUGAUUGGGAUUAUCACAACACUCAGCACUUACUUCUUCACAAUUCAGGUGAGUUUUGACAGAAAUUUUAUAUUGUAGUAGGAAGAAUAUGUUUUGGUCGAUUUUUUGUCAUAAACACUAAAUAAAAGAUGUCUAAUGGGCUUCUUGAGGCUUCAAGGAGUUUAUAACAGCGUCUACUGCAUUUUCCUGAUGUAUGAAGUCCUUGAAACAUAAUGCCAAGGGUUCAAGAUUUCGCUUUGGGACCCAUUUUUUUAGUGAAAUAUGCAUUUGUUGAUGCCGAAAUAGGACCGGAUUUGUAAAAUAAGGCAUAAAGGAGAUUAUUAAAGCAAUUUUUAGAUCAACGACUCUCACGUUCUCUGCAUGUUCAACGAUUACCUCCCAGUAGAUGAUGAACUUCGACAACUCUCCCGACCAGUCGGAUAUGUACGUAAUAUUUUUUUAGUAUAAUAAACAACCUUCUCGUAGUCCAAAAAAACCAUUUUACUUUUAGUACUGCCGAUUCCUCGAAUUCAGCGUCCCAACGAACGUGAUCCAACUGGUCUUCUGUAUGAGUGCCCUGUUUUUCGCCCUAAAUCGACGGAGCCGAUUGUUUGUAGCGGUGAGUGAUCCCCCAAACUAUUCCCUUUUUAAUUUGCUAAAAAAUCUGACACUUCUAAGUUGCCGUAUUUUAGUGUUACAUUGUAUUAUUCAUAUCACUACUUGUUGGCUGCGCCUUGAUGGUUACUUUAUACGCCAUGGACCUGGAAAAUUACCUCCGACCGGCAGUUUCAAGUGUUCUUGGAAGGGUGGUCGAGAAGGAUGAGAAGUUUUGUCAAGUGUUGGAGCCAAUGCUCGAAUGCCGAUAUAACAGCCCGAACACAACGGAUGUUAUAGAAAGGUUAUGCGAGAAACCGAGACGACAGGUACGUUAAGAAACAGCUUUUGUUGAAUUGGAUAAAUUAUGAUAUCUAAACGUAACUUGAAGGGACAUUUUAUACGAUGAAAAUAUUCAAAAACCUUUUGGACAUUUCUCAUCGUAUAAAGUGUCAUCGCCGAAAAUUUUAAAUUUGCCUAAUGAAACAAGGUAUCAUAAGCCUCCUUACCGUUUUACUUUGAAUUUUUAUAAGUUAGUUGACAUUUUAUACGAUGAAAAUACUCAAAAACAUUCAGGACAUUUUUCAUCGUAUAAAAUGUCAUUACCGUAAAUUAUAAAUUUACAUGCUGAACCAAGGUAUCAUAAGCCAGCCUUCUUAUCGUUUUGCUUCGAAUUUUUAUGGUGUUAGGUGACAUUUUAUACAACGAAAACUUUCUCGAAACCUUUUGUAUAAAAUGUCACCUGCGAGCAACCACCCCCUAAAACUGACUUAGAACGCCUCUCAUUUCAGUUUCUCCACAAACCCGACUGUGUGUACCAUCUAACCAGUUUCCUAGACCAAAAAUAUUGGCUAAUAGCAGUGAUCAUUCAGUAUGGAUUUCUAAUCCUAAUUGGUGUUGGAAUUUUGAUCCGCUCGUCCAUUCUCCAAUGCAGACGAGAACGCCGAAGAGUUUCCAAACUCUCCACAGCUCAUUAUGUUCACGUGAACGGGUUCCGGUCGCCGGAAUAG